UGUGCAUGUGAGGGGUGUGAGUGGGGAAGUGCAAGAGGGAGGGGGGAGACGGGCGGUGGCGGCCGCAGAAGCAGCAGUCAUACGGGCAAUCAGGCAUUGUCGGCCUUUGGAUGUAUCGUACGGCUUGUUAGAACUCCCCCCUCAGGCUGCUGGCUCAUGAUCUCGCCGGGCUGCCUUGAUUCGCCGUCGCUCUACAAUCCCCGUCCCGUGCUCGGGAUCCCAACAGCAGCGGCUGAAGAAGGGGGAGGAGGAUUAUCUGGGCCAUGACCGUGGAGCAAAAUGUCCUGCAGCAGAACUCCCAGAAGCACCAGCAGACUUUUUUGAAUCAGCUGAGGGAGAUCACUGGCAUCAAUGACCUCCAAGUACUCCAACAAGCUCUUAAGGAUAGCAAUGGGAAUCUGGAGUUAGCUGUUGCCUUUCUCACUGCAAAGAAUGCCAAGCUUCCCCAGCCAGAAGAGGAGACGUACUAUCAGACUGCACUCCCUGACAAUGACAGAUACAUCAGUGUGGGCAGCCAAGCAGACACAAAUGUCAUUGAUCUGACUGUGGAUGAUAAAGAUGACCUGCAGAGGGCCAUUGCUCUAAGCUUGGAGGAAUCCAACAGGACAUUAAGGGAGACCGGAAUCACUGAUGAGGAGCAAGCCAUUAGCAGGGUAUUAGAAGCCAGCAUUGCAGAGAACAAAGCAUGUCUUAAACGGACACACACCGAGGUCUGGAGCGACUCUCCCAAUCCUUAUGAUCGCAAACGUCAAGAAAAGUGCCCUGUUGGAUUAAAGAAUGUGGGUAAUACGUGCUGGUUCAGCGCUGUCAUUCAGUCGUUAUUUAACCUACUGGAAUUCCGCAGACUGGUUCUGAACUACAGCCCCCCUGCAAGUGCUCAAGAUGUACCACGAAACCAAAAGGAACAUAGGAAUUUGCCUUUCAUGCGUGAGCUGAGAUACCUGUUCUCUCUAAUGGUCAGCUCCAAAAGAAAGUAUGUCGAUCCAUCUAGAGCUGUUGAGAUUCUCAAGGAUGCUUUCAAAUCCAAUGACUCUCAGCAGCAAGAUGUCAGUGAAUUCACUCACAAACUCUUGGAUUGGUUGGAAGAUGCUUUCCUGAUAAAAGCCGAAGAGGAAAGAGAUGGAGAGAAACCAAAGAACCCAAUGGUGGAAUUAUUUUACGGAAGGUUCCUGGCAGUGGGUGUACAUGAAGGAAAGAAAUUUGAGAACACGGAAAUGUUUGGGCAGUACCCACUACAGGUCAAUGGCUUUAAGGACCUGCACGAGUGCCUAGAGGCUGCCAUGAUUGAAGGGGAGAUAGAAUCGUUGCACUCAGAAAACUCGGGCAAGUCAGGCCAAGAGCAUUGGUUCACGGAGCUCCCGCCUGUGCUAACCUUUGAACUCUCAAGAUUUGAAUUCAACCAAGCACUGGGGAGGCCUGAGAAAAUACACAAUAAACUAGAGUUCCCACCAUGUUUGUAUAUGGACAGGUACAUGCACAAGAACAGGGAAAUUACAAGGCUCAAACGGGAUGAAAUCAAAAGACUGAAAGAGCACCUUACAGUGUUACAGCAGAGGCUAGAACGGUAUCUGAGUUACGGUUCUGGCCCCAAACGGUUCCCUCUGGCAGAUGUCUUACAGUAUGCCCUAGAAUAUGCGUCCAGCAAGCCUGUUUGCACUUCUCCAGUUGAAGAUAUUGAUAUGAGUGCGCCACCUAGUGGAUGUGUGACGACACAAACCCUGCAAAGCACAAUAGAGCAUCAGGGGUCUUCCACAGCCACUGAAACACAGCCUCCCACCCAACGAUCUGUUAUUCACAAACCUUUCACACAGUCCCGAAUACCUCCAGAUCUACCUAUGCACCCUGCACCCCGCAACAUUACAGACGAGGAGCUCUCAGUAUUAGAGGGGUGUUUGCAUCGUUGGAGAACCGAAGUGGAAACCGAUACAAGAGAUCUGCAGGACAGCAUAGGAAGAAUACACAGGACAAUAGAACUCAUGUACUCUGACAAGCAGAUAAACCAGGUUCCAUACAAGCUUCAUGCUGUACUUGUCCACGAAGGCCAAGCUAACGCAGGUCACUACUGGGCCUACAUAUUUGACCACCAUGAAGAGCGAUGGAUGAAAUACAAUGACAUUUCUGUCACCAAGUCUUCGUGGGAAGAGCUUGAGCGAGAUUCUUUUGGGGGUUACAGGAAUGCAAGUGCCUACUGUUUAAUGUAUAUCAAUGAUGAGGAAAAGUAUUUAAUGCAAGAAGAGUAUGACAAGGAGACGGGACAGGUUCUUACAGGUAUGGACACCCUGCCACUGGAUUUAAGGGAAUAUGUCCAGGAAGACAACCGGAGGUUUGAGAAGGAACUUGAAGAGUGGGACAAAGAGCAGCUCCGGAAAGCUGAACAGGAGAAGAUGAUUUUAGCCCAAAAGGUCUUGAAACAGGCUCCAUCGGUAGUGGCAGCUCCACCAAAUGAGCCGGAGUAUAUGGAACAACCAGCAAGAGCAGACGCCCCUAAUGAGAUGAGUGAAGACACCACUAAUGUCAUAGCUCAAGCAGGCACAGAAUCUGAAGACAAAGGGCCUGAGGCUGUAUUGCAAAUGCCCACUGAUACCACCCCAGCUCCACCAGCUCCUAACCAACGAGUUGUAGAGGUGGCGAUCCCUCACGUAGGGACUUUUGUUAUUGAGUCAGAGGAGGGGGGUUAUGACGAUGAGGUCAUGAUGACCCCGAACAUGCAAGGUAUAAUCAUGGCCAUAGGUAAAUCCCGGAAUGUAUAUGACAAGUGUGGGCCUGAAGCAGGGUUCUUUAAGGCCAUCAAAACGGAAUACGCCCGGCUAGUAAAAUUAGCACAGGAAGACCCUCCUCCCGAGAUAGAUUACCGGUUGCAGCACGCCAUCGUCUACUUCAUCCAAAGCCAAGCACCAAAGAAAAUCAUAGAGAGGACAUUGCUGGAGCAGUUUGCUGACCGUAAUUUGAGUUUUGAUGAACGGUGCCGCAAUAUUAUGAAAGUUGCUCAGGCUAAACUUGAAAUGAUAAAGCCGGAUGAGGUCAACAUGGAGGAAUACAGGCGGUGGCACAAGGACUAUAGGAUGUUCAGAGAGACAACAAUGUACAUCUUGAUUGGCCUGGAGCUAUUUCAGAACAAGAGCUACGUUGAAGCUCUGCUGUACCUGAUUUAUGGCUACCAGUAUAAUAAAGAGCUGGUCUCCAAAGGCCUCUACAGAGGACACGAUGAACAUCUGAUAUCCCAUUACAGAAGGGGGUGCUUUCUAAAACUGAACGAGCAGGCAGCAGCCAUGUUUGAGUCUGGAGACAUGGAUGAAGUGAACAACGGCCUAACAUCCAUGAACGAACUUAUCGUGCCGUGUUUGCCCUUGCUGCUGCUUGAUGACAUGGAAGAGAAGGACAUCGUGGCUGUGGAAGACAUGAGAAACCGCUGGUGUUCCUACCUUGGCCAAGAAAUGGAGCCAAAUCUGCAAGAAAAGCUGACCGAUUUCCUGCCAAAACUGCUCGAUUGUUCGACGGAAAUCAAAGGUUUAAGCGACCCGCCAAAGCUUCCCAAUUUCUCCACCCACGAACUGUGUGAGCGCUUUGCCCGAAUCAUGUUGUCGCUUAGCCGAAUGCCCGCCGACGGGAGAUAAGCCGCGGCCCUGUUGUAUAGAAGUUUCUUGGUUUUUAAUUCAUGCCUUCCUGUCACAAGGUUUGCUUCGUUGCUGCUACCAUUUUUUGGUUUUUUAAUUUGUUUUUUUAUGUUACGAGACUGCUUUAACGACACAAACGACCCUGUCCACUUUUAGCCAGACGGCAAACAAACCCAGAUACGCACAGCACUCCAAUUUGUUUUAAACGAAUCUGGUGCAACCAAAAAGGCAAAAAUGCUUUGCCACAUCUCUGUGACAGUAUUACUUUGCUUUUAUCUGCACAACCUCAUUUUAUUAACCACCAUAUGGUUUUUUUAAGGUCUGGGCCUUUCUGUGACAGCAGCCAUUUUAAUUAUCAGGUGCCAUGUUGGUUUGUUUUUGGUUUUGUUUUUUAAAAAAAGACAUGGUGCCUGGUAGCUUGUAAAUGAAAUGAAAGAAUAAAGUUUUAUUUAUGGCUUCUACUGUU